AUGUUGAUAUCUGAGAGCUUCUUGCUUCCUCAUGCCCAGGACGGCCUCGUUGUGAAGACUCACAGCAUAUGCUAUGGCUGCUGGGCAGAUGCUACGGUGGAGGACCGUCUCACCAUCACUGGCCACACCAAGCUGACGAUGGAGCGGGCGUCGCAAUUUGUAGGACAAGAGUACGCAGAGCGCAUCCAGUCCAAAGGCUGCUGCCGGGAGCUCAAGGUCGAAGUCUUUUCAACAGCGCAGCUCACGGCCACCAGGUAUGACCAGGCGAUCAUCUUGCACAGAGAUCCCUUGGACGUGUUCAGGUCCUGCGUGCUAGGCACGGAGCCUCCUGGGCAAGGGAGAACUACAGUUUUCCACAGGGAGUUCCACGAGAAGUGGAAGACCUUCGCACUGUUCGUUCGCUAUGAAGACAUGAAGGCCGACCCAGUGCAGCAGUUGCCGAAGCGCAUCUUCGACUUCCUGGGUGUAGAGGUGCCAGCAAGCAAGCUGGCUUGUGCAGUGGAACAGUCCACCAUGGACAAGCUCAAGGAGGAGGAUCUUUCCUAUCCGCUUCAUGGCUGCACGAAGCAACAGCUGUCGUAUACAUCGGUCGAAGCUGUCAGUCACUCCGCUGCUGCGGAUGCCACAGCGACCACAGCUAGCGAGAGGAAAGCAGCUGGCUGCAAUCUGUGGGUGGCAUACCCUUUUCAUAAGAUUCCUGUAUCUCUUUUUGCCGUUGGUCCAUCUCUCAAGCGUUGUUGUGCUGCCGCAGUGCCUGCCACGCUGCAGGCACAACUCCCACUCACGACCAGUGAGACAGGCAGCUACUACGAGCUCGUGGAGCCUCGCCAGGAAAGUCGGGAUGGCGUGAUCGUGCCCUUUGUUUGGAUGUGCUGUUCGGAUCUUGUGCGGCCCGGCCAGAGCUCUCCGCACAGCUGCACCCGAAGCAGGCAAGACGUCGAUGUCUGUGCUAGUCAGCUUGCAGUGGCCUUUCUGUCGACAGUAUUCGACAGUGUAAAGGACCAAGCUUCGCAGGAGCUUGUUCUGCUGGGAGACACGGACUUUGCCGUGUACGUGGGGUGCGCGGCGAUCGCGGCCCUCGCAGCAUUUACCUGGCGCCUUUGCCGUCGGCGUGCCAUGAAGUGGGAGCGCAGCGCUUGGUUUUGUUGCAGCACUCCUAGACAAUCUGCAAGCAUCCGAUGGCCGGCCGCCGCAUCAUCAUCUAUGUCGCAGAUGCUGCCCGGCGAGCUUGACCAAGAUGCGCUGGUUGCGCAUUCGCCUCGGAGAUGCCCGUCGAAGGGCCGCUUCACGCCAAACCAGGAGCCGGCGCCUGGGCCUGCAUGUUAUUCUCCGAAGGUGCUGCCCCACAAGACAAAGCCAGGAUGGAGCUUCGGCAGUGCUGGCCGCGACUGGGCAGGUAUCCGUCACCUUUGGCCUGAGAUCCCGGCGGCGUCCAGCGCGGCACCUGGCCAGUACCCUGCCCAGGUCCGUCAGAAGCGCCAGAUCUCGUUUCCGCAGUCGGCACGCAAAGUGCACGAUAUUCCAGACACGCCUGGGCCGGGGCAGUGGUCCGUUGAUGGGGAUGUGGGAAGGCCCUACCAUCCUAUGUAUUCAAUGGCCCGCAAGCAGGAGCCAUGGCUUGAAAUUGAACUUCCAACACCUCCAGGGAGCACCUCCUUGCCUGUGCGUGCGGCCACUGCGCCAUCACCAGCAUUCGGACAGAGGAGGUCGAAGACACCUACAAAGCCGCAUACUGUGAGAAG